AUGUCCGACAAAGGCGGCUCGAUCGCCGAGGUCGAAGAGCUCAGAAAUGAGCAGCAUGUCAGCAGCGGCAGCGGCAGCGGCAGCGGCAGCCCCAAGCUGCGCGACGGCGACGACGACAACAAGACCUUCACGGCGCACGCAUCGCACGUCCCGCCCGAGCAGACAGGCGCCAGCAGCGGCGUGCGCCGCGGCCUGCAGCCGCCAGAGUUCCUGCUGAACAUGUCGAUGGAGGAGCGCCUGGAGCUGGAGACGAAGCUCAAGAGGAAGAUCGACCUGCGCCUCAUGCCCGCCAUCAUCCUCAUGUACAUCCUCAAUUACAUCGACAGGAACAAUAUCGCGGCUGCGAAGCUCGCUGGCCUGGAGGAGGACCUCGGCCUGUCGUCCACCGAGUAUGAGACAGCUGUGUCUAUUCUCUUUGUGGGUUACCUGCUGAUGCAGAUCCCCUCUAAUCUGUUCCUCAACAAGCUGGGGAAGCCGGCAUUGUACCUGCCCGCGUGCAUGAUCGUGUGGGGCAUAAUCUCUGCCGCCACCGCGUCGUGCUACAAUGCCGCCGGGCUCCUCGCUGUGCGAUUCUUUUUGGGUUUCGUGGAGGCUGCUUAUUUUCCUGGAUGCCUUUACUAUCUUUCCUGCUGGUACACCCGAAAGGAGCUCGGAUUCAGAACAUCCGUCCUCUACAGUGGGGCUCUCAUCUCGGGCGCUUUCUCUGGUUUGAUAUCGGCAGGUAUCACAGGGAACAUGGAUGGCGCCGGAGGUUUGCGGGCUUGGAAGUGGCUUUUCAUAAUCGAGGGCGUGGUCACCGUUGUGGUGGCCUUUGGCGCCUUCUUUGUGCUUCCCAAUUUCCCCCGGACGACGAUGUGGCUGUCUGAGGAGGAGAGGCAGCUGGCUGUCUGGAGGCUGGAGGAGGACAUCGGCGAGGACGACUGGGUCGACAGCGAGCACCAGAGUUUCUGGCAGGGAGCCAAGCUGGCGUUUUUGGAUGUCAAGACCUAUGUGCUGAUGAUCCUCCUGUUCUGCAUAGUCUCCUCCGGCUCGGUCACAAACUUCUUCCCCACCGUCGUCAAGACACUGGGCUACUCAAACGUCUACUCACUCCUGCUCACGGCGCCGCCCUACGUCAUAGCCGUCAUCGCAACCUACUGCAACGCCCUGCACGCCGACCGCACAGGCGAGCGCUACCUGCACAUCACCGUCCCGCUGCUCGCCGCCGUCGCCUCCUUCGUGCUCGCGGCCACCACCUCGUCCCUCGCGCCCCGCUACGUCAGCAUGUGCCUCAUGGUGCCCUCCGUCUACUCGGGCUACGUCGUAGCCCUGGCCUGGAUCAGCAACACCAUCCCCCGCCCGCCGGCAAAGCGUGCUGCUGCCCUGGCUUUCAUCAAUGCUGUGUCGAACUCGAGUAGUAUCUAUGCCAGCUAUAUGUACCCCAACAGUGCGGGACCGGCGUACACCGUUGCUUUCAUUGUGAACAGCGCUACUUCUUUCAUUGCUAUUUGUGCGGCUACGGUGCUGAGGGUCAUGCUUGUGCGGUUGAACAAGAAGCUUGAGAGGGGGGAGUAUGUUCCUGGUGCUAUCAAUGCCGCGCCGGGUGCGGCGGCGGCACAUGGGUUUAGAUUCAAGAUCUGA